AUGUCGAGUGAUAUUGUGAGUUUGCAACUGAGCCAAUUAGAUCCGCCCACGGGCCUUCAUAAACUCUCGCAUCGCAAUCGUAAACAUUCGGCUCCAGAUGUCCGAAUCAACGUGCAUUGAGCCGAUGGAGCCAGCGAAAAGUGUGACAAAAGUGCAGAGGCUUUGCAACGUGGCAUUCUGGAACGACGACACUUCGAUGCUCAAGGAUUACGUCAAGUGCUUCUUCUCGAAGAGAACACCAGUGUUCCGUCUGAAACACGAGAUGACGACUCGGAAAAGAGUGCUCAUUCUGACUCCGGGCGACAGUCUUCUCGUGUACGAAACAAAUUGCACCGGCUAUUUGUUCGACAUCAGCAGAGCUCUGAAACUGAAGAUCUCCUGCAACCGUUUCAACAAUGAUGAAGUCGAAGUGAGCAUGGCUCCAAGGUCUCCAUUUCAUAGGUACUUUCCAGAAAUCCUGCACAGUCACAUUGAAGUAUAAGUUCGGAGAAGUAAACAUAGUACUCGUGAAUGACCAAAUAUCAGUUUGGAGGUGACAUUGUUCUUUGGAUCUUCCGAAUUCACAGUCCUGUUUCAGACGGACCCUAUCCACAGUUUUCGAAGGCGAAUGCUUCGAUCGCACUUUGCUCACCGACAUUUCCCUGUACACAGCAAAAGGUUCUCGCGCCCUUUGAACAAUUGGAUUGGCUUUUUUUCAGAUGAAGACUUGGAAGACUACUGUGGGAAUUCCGUCUUCGAUUACACAGAUUCAGCGAUAAGUCUGAAGGUACGAAGAAGUUUCCGUUUUCCACGAUAUUCGGCCCUUUCCAGUCGGCUCACGGUUGCGUCGAUCUCUCCUCACAAAAGUCCCUUGCCCUCGACGACACUCAGAUCGACGUUAUAGAUUCCGAUCAAACAAACUCGAAUCGCUCGUUGACGUACGCGCCCACGAGCGUCCGCAGCUCGCGUGCCUCCCUCGCUUCCGUCCGUCCACCGAACAAAACCAUCUCUUCCCGGGAUCCGAUGUUAGUCAAUCCUAUCUUUUAUGCACUGAUUCCUCGCAGUUCUUCUUCGCUUUUCAGUUCCAUUCGUCGUGGGAGUCAAUGUGUUUCGUAUUUGGCGAAGAAAUUCGAAGAGAAAUUGGGAAGUAUCGGUCGGAAAAUGGGAGUAGAGAGUCAGAAAAAAGAGGCUCAGCAGAAGACGCCGUCGCCGCCCCUGGAGAUCCUUUUUCCUCCGCUCCCCAUCCAAAAAGUGAAGGAAGAAGACCUGAAAAGUCUGAAAGAGGACAAGGGAACGCAGGUGUCAAAACUCGAUUUUACGCCUUCCAAAAAAGGAAAACAACCGCAGAGAGAGGAGAUUAUUAUUGAAGAGUGA